AUGGCUCCCCCAGAAGACAACCUAGGAUUUAAAUAUGCGGUCAUCACCGGUGGCGGUGGUGGCAUCGGCAAGGUGAUGGCUCAACACUUCAUUUCCAAGGGCAAAAAGGUCAUCAUCGCUGGACGCACAGAAUCGAAACUACAAGAAACAGCAAAAGAGAUCGGGGCUGUCGACUAUUACGUGCUGGACACGGGCAAGGCUGAACAGAUCCCCGAGUUUGUCAGACGUGUUACCAAGGAACACCCUGACCUAGACUGCCUUGUCAACAAUGCCGGGGUGCAACGUCCUCUGGAGAUUCUCAAGGACGACGAUUUCCUCUCGAAGGCUGACCAAGAAAUCGACAUCAAUAUUCGAGGCCCGAUGCAUCUGGCUCUAGGCCUGUUACCACACUUUCAGACCAAGGAAUCCGCACUCAUCAUCAACGUGUCGAGUGUACUUGGCUUCGUUCCAUUCUCCAUCAUCAACCCCGUCUACAACGGUACCAAAGCUUGGCUGCACUUUUGGAGCAUGAAUCUUCGCACACAGCUCAAGAACGGCGGUUCCAAAGUCAGAGUUGUAGAAAUUGCGCCACCGACGGUAGCAACUGACCUGCACCGAGAGCGAUCGGAUCCAGACGACAACAAGAAGGAGAAUAACCCGGAUGCUCUCACCGUGGAUGAAUUUAUGGAGGAAGUUGGUAGUAAAUUGGAGGACGGUGUCGAGACCAUCGGGCCGGGGAUGGCUGGAGAGGUCAUUGGCAGAUGGUAUGGUGCGUUUGGUGAGCAAUACGCAAAGGCGGCUGGGAGCAAGUAG